UUGAUACCGGAAUGUUGUGAAUGGGCAGGGAAACGCCACCUUCUCCUACUUCCCUCUGCCUUUCUCUUUCUCUCCCGGCCGCCACAGCUGGGAGAGCCUCUCUUGGCGAGCGCCCUCUCAGCUCCUGCCAUUCCUUAGCCGAGACCAGAAAGAGAGCGAGGCCUUCGCAGCCUCCCCGAGAGCGCGCUUGAAACUUUCGAGGAAGGGGGAAAGCAAGAAGCGGCGGCGGCGGCGGCGCAGGAGGGACGCUUUGCCUCCUCUCCAGGCUGCGGGCGGCGGGAGCGGCAGGUGCAGGCGCAAGGGCAGCUCCAAGCCACGCCAUGGAGGAGCAGAGGGAAGCCUAAGAAAGGGGUCCUCUUCCUCCUUGUCGUCGAUGGCUGAAGCCUGGAGGCUGGAAGAAGAAGAGGAGGAGCUGAAAGAGCUCGGCAGAAGGCACAGGAGACCCAGCUUGAACCCAGCAACAGAUCGUUCUGAAAGAAAUAAGCCUGACCACCGCUCUUCAGGCCAAGGCCCCCUGUCAUCCAUUAAAGCAGCAAUCAAGAGAACUUCUCGGACAUCUGGCCACAGUGAACAGCAAAGAGAGAGAAGGCGCCCUGAAAUCACAAUAGUUGCAGCUGAGCCGCUUGGGCCAUCCUCCUGGUUUCCUGGUGGAAAUCAUGUCCCUCAGCAAGGGCUAGGUUUCCAGUCGUCUCACACCCAGGCCCCUUGGAGAACAAAUGACCUUGUUUCAGCCGAGCCCCCUUCCUAUGAGCAAGUAAUCAAAGAGAUCAAUCGAGUGCAAGUCAACACUCCUAGCAACAAUAAUGCUUCCAGUGCUGUUAAUGCUAGAUGCACCACUACAUCUUCAACACAGACUGACUUUCCAGAAGAGAUAAUCAGCAACUUGCCAGGAACAAAUGUGAAAAGUAAUCUGCACGGUCUCUGUGAAUGCGAAAGCACUCCAGCUGUACCAAUUCCUCGAAAGCCACCUAGACCUUCAUCAUCUCUGCUGAUCAGCAAUCCUUCAAAAAAUGAGGAACUUCUAGUUGUGUUGGAAGAGGAGCAGGCAUGUCAGGAGAAGCCUAAUGCUGUAAUAUGUCCUGUUCCAAAACCAAGAUCAAAAGGCAAUCUGAAACCUGUUGUUAGAGAUACUCAAAGCAACGCACAAGACAAUCAGGAAGAAGCAAGCCAGUCGAGGACUGAAAAGGACACACCGGCAAUUCAGCUGCUGUCCUUACUAGAUGACAGCCUUUGGGACACUCAUAUGGACAGUAUGGAUAAAGAUAAGAGCCAAAGUAGCAUACUAUCUCGGAUUAAAGCUUUUGAAUCGCAAGCAAACACCGAAACAAAGAAGCCAGAAAUAUCUCCACGCUCCUUAGGCCCCAAACCCAUAAUAAGUGCAAAAAAACCUGUGGUGGCACCAAAGCCAGUGGCCAACAGAGCUUCAGGUGAGUGGGAUUCGUGGACAGAAAGCAAACUAAAGGUCAUUCCCCAGGAAAGGCAACCACAACCUCAGGAAGCUGGGAGCAACAUAACCAAGCCUGAAUUGCCAAAGAAACCAAAAUCAGGCAUUGUAAAAAGCAGUAGCAAUGGACUGCUUAGUUCAACAAGCCAGUCAGCUUCAGAAAAUAGUAAUGGACAGAGAAAAUCCCCCAUUCCUGCUCCUCGGCCACUUGUUCCCAAGAAGUCGGUUUCUUUUGAAAGUCCUGCUCUUCCUAUGCUUCCACUGAAGCCAAUAAGUGCUACUCCUAGGCUCUCUGUAGCUGCCCAGUCUAAUGCCUUUCGAUCCCUGGCGGAGCCCUCUGCAAGCAGCCUCUCAGCACCUCCGGGGCAGGGCAAGCCACCUGCGGAAGGAGAUCUGAUUAGCUUUGAUGAUGAUGUUUUACCCCCUAACUCAGCCGGGACUCCUCAGGAACUUACGCCGUCAGAAUCCGAUGUUGUCACUUUGCCCUCCAAACAAGAGCCUGCAAAAGAACAGGCGGUUCAACCAGCUGUUGUGCGCAAACCCACUGUGAUCCGAAUCCCAGCUAAACCAACAAAAGCUUUAAAUGAAGUCCCAGAGAGCCCUCCUCCACUUCCUACAGAAAAACCAAUAGGGAACACAUCUGGCGUUUCGGCUGGAAAACCCAAUAACAACAAAGCAACAAAAAAUGUGGAAUCUGAGCAUUCUAGUUUGAAACAGUCAUCAAAGAAUGAACCCAUAAUGCCCCCAAGGCCUGGUGAUGGAAAAACCACCCCAGCUCGACCUCCUCCACCUAAGGGUGCCCCUGGAAGGCCACCACCACCAAAGUCUACCAAGGCCUCGUCGCAAAAGGGGAGGUUUUCUCGCUCAUCAUCUGACGUGAACCUCCAUAAACAACCAGGCAAAUCAGGGCCAGGAGUCAAGAGAACAAAGAACGAUACUGCUAAAAAUCAAGACCCAGCUUUACCUCCUCGACCCAAGCCAGGCCAUCCUCUCUACAGUAAAUACAUGCUUCCUGUGCCUCAUGGAAUCGCCAAGGAAGAUAUCUCUCCACAAGAUCCCAGCCAUCUCUCUUGCAAGCGUGGGGAUGUGCUUGUGCUGGUGGACCAUGUUGACAACAGCAUCAUUGAAUGUCAAAAGGGUGAAGAAACUGGCAAAGUUCAUUCAUCCCAGAUGCAGAUAAUAACUCCACUGGAUGAGAGUUUGAAAAGCAGACAGAGGGAUUCGGACAAUUUGCGGAAGAUUUCCGACCCAGGUGUUCCUCAUGCGAUAGUGCUGCAUGAUUUUCUAGCAGAACAUACUGAUGAUUUGGACCUCUAUUCUGGAGAGACCGUUUAUCUUCUGGAGAAAAUAGAUGACGAGUGGUACAGAGGAAAAUGCAAGAAUUGCACAGGGAUCUUUCCUGCCAGCUUUGUCAAAGUUAUUAUUGAUAUUCCAGGAGAAAGCAACAGGGGAAAAGGGCACUUUUCAUCAUCCAGUAUUGUAGGCCCUAGAUGUAUAGCUCGAUUUGAGUACAUCGGAGAUCAGAAAGAUGAAUUAAGCUUUUCGGAAGGUGAAAUUAUUACUUUGAAGGAAUAUGUCAAUGAAGAAUGGGCUAGAGGAGAGCUGAGAGGCACAUCUGGAAUUUUCCCCUUGAACUUCGUAGAAAUUAUUGAAGAUCUCCCUGGACCAGAUGGUGGAACAUCACUGAAUAAGAAUUCUGUGUCUGUGUCACAGCUGGAAGGACGUGCCGGACAGUGGUGUGAUGCACUCCAUGAUUUUACAGCAGAAACGCAGGAAGACUUGUCCUUUAAAAGGGGAGAUCACAUCUUGAUAUUGGAACACUUGGACUCAGAGUGGUACAGAGGGAGACUGAAUGGAAAGGAAGGAAUUUUCCCUGCAGUGUUUGUUCAUGUUUGCUCAGGAGGAACACAGUCAUCACAACCUCCAGGUACUAAGAAACAAAAAGCCAAGGCUUUAUAUGACUUCCAUGCUGAGAACGUAGAUGAACUCUCCUUCAAGGUUGGUGAUAUCCUAACUGAACUGGAGUCUGUAGAUGAAGAAUGGGUGACUGGAGAGCUACAUGGCAAAACUGGAAUAUUCCCCAAAAACUUUGUCCAGAUUAUACAUCCCUCCUGAAGAUAAAACCCAGUUUUGGACCAUCUGCCUACAGAAGCCUAUACAAGCAAAUACCUUACUAGCACAAAAGCACAUUACUGCAGGCAGCAAAGGUUGCCUCUACGAUCAUACGAUCUACUCUUUGACUAUCAAAUGCAUUUUUGCACUAUUUUUAUAAAGGUAUACUAGAAUAUACAACAUUUUGUAGACUAUACAAUAUUUUGUUUCACGUUUACACUUAUUUAGAAGUCUUGCUUACUCAUUCUUCCAAGAAACGGAAUUUGGUACAAUACUUGACUGCUGGCAACUUGCAUUUUAGCAAAUGCAGCUAAAUAUUCAAGCUGCGUUCUUCCUUUCCAAUGCCAUAUUAUACUUAAAUCAGUAAACACUAAAUAGCCAUUGUGUGAAAACAUUAGCCCUGAUGUACAGUCUGAUCACUGUAAGGUACAGGGUUUGGUGGGUUGGGUUUUUUGUUUCAGAAACCAUGUUAAACUACUUAUUGCUUACUCCAUCACUUAGUGUUAAAGGAAUAAAAUAUCAUGAAACAUGAUUCUAGAACAGUGUUUCUCAAACUUGGGUUUCCAGCUGUUGCUGGACCUCACCAUUGGUCCUGCUAGCUAGGGAUGAUGGGAGCUGUAAUCCAACAACAGCUGGAAACCAAAGUUUGAGGAAACGCUGGUCUAGAAGGUUACUCAGUUAUAUGAGCAGAUGAAGGUUCUUAUACCAACCCAUACCAUUGUUCUGUUUAGCCUAGUACUAUCUACUCUGACUGCCAGGGGCUCUACAUGGGUUCAAGCAGUAGUUUCUUGGUUGCUAUCUGAUCUUUAACUGGUCAUAUAAAGGACUGAAUCCAAAACAAUAUGUGUGCAGGGCACAUGCUUCACCACUAAAUUAUGCAGAAAAGUGGCUCAUUAUCUAGUAAUUACAGUAUAAAAGGUUCUCCUAUUCAGAAUGCUGCCUUCAAUUCAACCUGGUGCUUUAUACCCUUCAUUCUUUCAUAUUGUAUUCAAUUUUUUAAACCUUUUGCUGACUUCCCUUGUCAUCUUUUCACCAUAUUUUCUUGAACUAAGAGUACUUUUGUGUUCGAAAUAAUGUUGCAUGUGAAAAUAUGCCUCGCUAUAGGUGACAUCCAACUAAGACAUACUCAUAGCAGAUCUGCAGAAAUCAAUGACUUAUUUCAUUGAGUCAAUGCUAUGGCUUAGUUGGAUACCACCCUAUAUGACCGCUUCUUUAUAACAAGUUAGACAUACCAUAGUUUUGUCAAAAAUCUGUAUUGCUGCCCAUGGAUUUUGUCUUCCUGUGUGUCUCUAAAAAGUGUGUUACUUACAUCUAAGCUGCAUGCUGGUUUGUUCUUGCCUGCCUUUUUCAGAGUUCUAAGAUGAAUCUAGUUAAGAUGAUAAAGGAAAAAUAGCAAUUCGGUGGCUGUAUUAUACUUAUCCUACAUCUGUAAUGCAGGUCUGUGCUGAAUGAUUUUCAUUACACACCCAAGUUAGUGUAGGAAACAGCACUUUAUGCAUAUACAUUAAAAAUCUGAUUAAGCCAGAUUAAACUGAUCAAGAAACCGUGAAACUGCAAAAGCAAUUACAUAAAGAUUUCAGUCAAUUCAACCAUCCUGUCUUUCCCUGGGCAGUUCACGGACACUCCAAAAUUUUAUCUUCAAAAGAAGGAACCUUCCAAUUGCAUCCAGAGCAGGUACUAGGCAUUUGAAUUUUAACAAUGUUUUUCAGAGACUGACUAGAACUUUUGACUACUUUUUCAUAACAUCUUGCUCAUAACAAGUUGAGUUCUA